AUGGCUGCUGGCUGGCUGCUAGUCUUUAGCCUGACACUUUUCCAGUCCCUGGUGAUGAACCACUCCUCCGAGGGACCUUUCCCUUCUGCCACCACGAUAAAGUCAUGGGUAGAUAAGAUGCAAGAAGAUCUCGUAACAUUAGCACGAACUGCAAGUGGAGUGGACAAGCUUGCUGAGAUUUACAGGAAAAACCAAGCUUUGUAUACUGUAGAAGCCAACAAUCCUCGUCAGCUAGUGGAGAUUGCAGCCAGAGAUAUUGAAAAACUUCUGAGUAACAGGUCUAAAGCCUUGGUGCGCCUCGCUAAAGAAGCGGAGAAGUAUCAAGCAUCACAUCAGUGGAGGGAUGAGUUUGGGAAUAAUGAUAUCAUCUAUUACAAUGCAAAAGAUGACCAGAAUGAUCUGGAAAAGAACGACACAGAAUCUGGCAGCCAGAGAAUCAGACCUGUGUUUGAAGAAGAUCCUGUUUUCCGACGGCAGACAUCUUACCAGCAUGCAGCAGUCCACAUACCAACAGAUAUUUAUGAAGGCUCAACAAUUGUGUUAAAUGAACUCAACUGGACUGCAGCCUUGGAUGAUGUGUUCAAGCGGAACAGAGAAGAAGACCCCACUUUAUUAUGGCAGGUUUUUGGUAGCGCAACUGGCCUCGCUAGGUAUUACCCAGCUUCCCCAUGGGUAGAUAAAAGUCGAACUCCAAACAAAAUAGAUCUGUACGAUGUUCGCAGGAGACCAUGGUAUAUCCAAGGAGCUGCAUCUCCCAAAGACAUGCUGAUUCUAGUUGAUGCGAGUGGGAGUGUCAGCGGCUUGACUUUGAAGCUAAUCCGCACCUCGGUCAUUGAGAUGUUGGAAACCUUGUCUGAUGAUGACUUUGUGAAUGUAGUUUCAUUCAACAAUAACGCUCAAAAUGUCAGUUGCUUUAAUCAUCUCGUCCAAGCUAAUGUGAGGAACAAGAAGAAACUGAAAGAAGCUGUCUAUAAAAUCUCUGCUAAAGGAAUUACAGAUUACAAAAAAGGCUUUAGUUAUGCUUUUGAACAGCUGCUAAACCAUAGCGUCUCCAGAGCUAACUGCAAUAAAAUUAUUAUGUUGUUUACUGAUGGUGGUGAAGAAAGAGCACAAGAAAUUUUCCAUAAAUAUAAUGAAGACAAAAAAGUACGUGUGUUCACAUUUUCUGUUGGUCAACAUAAUUAUGACAAAGGACCCAUACAGUGGAUGGCCUGUGAAAAUAAAGGUUAUUAUUAUGAAAUUCCGUCCAUUGGAGCCAUAAGAAUAAAUACCCAGGAAUAUCUGGAUGUUUUGGGAAGACCAAUGGUUUUAGCUGGAGAGAAAGCCAAACAAGUUCAAUGGACAAAUGUCUAUCUGGAUGCUCUGGAGCUGGGCCUUGUGAUUACAGGAACUCUACCUGUCUUCAACCUAACAAAGGAACAAAAUGGCAAAAUAAAUCAGCUGAUUCUUGGAGUCAUGGGGGUUGAUGUCUCUUUGGAGGACAUAAAAAAACUGACACCACGAUUUACACUUUGUCCAAAUGGAUACUAUUUUGCAAUUGAUCCUAAUGGGUAUGUGCUACUUCACCCAAAUCUCCAACCAAAGCAAAUUGGUGUGGGCAUACCAAAAGUUAAACUGAGAAAAAGGAGACCAAAUGUACAGAAUCCUAAAUCCCAGGAGCCUGUCACGCUGGAUUUUCUAGAUGCUGAACUGGAAAACGAUAUUAAAGUUGAGAUUCGGAAAAAAAUGAUAGAUGGAGAAAGUGGAGAAAAAACAUUUGAAACACUGGUCAAGUCCCAAGAUGAGAGAUACAUUGAUAAAGGAAACAGAACCUAUACAUGGACUGCUGUGAAUGGCACUGAUUACAGUUUGGCAUUGGUGUUACCAUCAUACAGCUUUUAUUAUAUUAAAGCCAGAAUUGAUGAACCAAUAAUACAAGCCAGAUGUAAGUACUGUGAAGAUUCAGAGACACUGAAGCUUGAUCAUUUCGAUGAAGCUGGCUAUACAUUUAUAGCACCAAGAGAAUACUGUAAUGAUGUAAAAAAAUCAGAAAACAACACUGAAUUUCUGUUAAAUUUCAAUGAAUUUAUUGAUAGAAACAGUCCAAGCAGUCCAUCAUGUAAUACUGAUAUGGUCAUUAGAGUUUUGCUGGAUGCAGGAUUUACGAAUGAACUUGCCCAAAAGUAUUGGAGUACACUGUCUCUUGACGGUGUUGUUGCACAGUUUGUCGUUACAGAUGGUGGAAUUACUAGAGUAUUCCCAAAAAGGGCAGGAGAAGAUUGGUUGGAAAAUGCUGAAACUUAUGAAGUCAGCUUCUACAAACGGAGUUUAGAUAAUGACAACUAUAUUUUCACAGCUCCAUACUACAACAAAAGUGGUGCUAAUAGCUAUGAAACAGGUAUUAUGGUAAGCAAGGCGGUGGAAAUAACAAUUAAUGGGAAGCUUCUGAAGCCAGCAGUUGUUGGAAUAAAGAUUGAUGCAACCAGCUGGAUGGAAAAUUUCACAAAAACCACAAUCAAGAGCCUGUGCAACAGUGAAAUCUGUGGCUGUGAGAGAAACAGUAUGCACGUGGACUGUGUUAUCCUUGACGAUGGUGGAUUUCUUUUGAUGUCAAAUAGAGAUGAAUAUACACAACAGAUUGGAAGAUUCUUUGGUGAAAUUGAUCCUGGCCUGAUGCGAAACCUGAUUAACAUGUCCCUGUAUGCCUUUAACAAGUCGUAUGACUACCAAUCAGUCUGUGAUCCUGAAGAAGAACCAAAGCAAGGAGCUGGACUUCGUUCUGCUUACGUGCCUACAAUAACAGAUAUUUUGCAUCUAGGAUGGUGGGCUUCGGCAGCUGCCUGGUCUAUCUUACAGCAGCUGUUUUUGAGCUUGACUUUUCCACGAUUCCUUGAAGCAGCUGAUAUGGAAGAAGAUGAUUUUGGUGCCACCCUGCCUAAAACAAGCUGUAUCACUGAGCAAACUCAGUACUUCUUUGAAAACGAUGAUAAAUCCUUUGGUGGGAUUGUAGACUGUAUAAACUGUUCCAGACUUUAUCAUGCAGAGAAGAUUUCAAACACCAAUCUAGUAUUCAUUAUUAGUGACAGCCAACUGCUGUGCCGCUCCUGUGACCCAAAGCCACUGAUGCAAGCAGAGAAGCCGGAUGAAGGGCCAAAUCCCUGUGAAAUGGUCAAACAACCUAGAUACAGAAAGGGUCCUGAUGUCUGUUUUGAUGAAGCCAAACAGGAUCAGCCUAUAUGCACAACGAGUCGUGCCUCUGCCAUGACGUCUGCUCCUAUCUUCAUUUUUCUGCAAGUUUUCAUGUGGUGUGGAUGGAAGAUUCAGCUGACUGCGGUGGUGUCUCUGGUCUGA